GGGGCGGGUAGAGCGAACACCAGCCAGUUCGUCGGCCUGUGAUCACGUGGAGAGGGCGCCUACGGAGCCCUGGAGUCCCGCAUCACGUGGAGGGGGCUGUGUGGGUCACGUGGCUCAAGGGAUGGCGGCUCCGGGGGAGCGAGAAGCCGGACGCGGCGCUGAGGAAGCAUUUCUCACCUUCUAUACGGAGGUGAAACAAAUAGAAAAGCGAGACUCUGUGUUAACUUCAAAAAAUCAGAUUGAGAGGCUCACUAGGCCUGGAUCAUCCUAUUUCAACCUGAAUCCAUUUGAGGUAUUGCAGUUAGAUCCUGAAGUUACAGAUGAAGAAAUAAAAAAGAGGUUCCGUCAGUUAUCCAUACUGGUGCAUCCUGACAAAAACCAAGAUGAUGCUGACAGAUCCCAGAAGGCGUUUGAAGCUGUCGACAAAGCAUACAAGCUGUUGUUGGACCAGGAGCAAAAGAAGAGAGCUUUGGACGUGAUACAGGCUGGGAAGGAAUAUGUGGAGCACAUUGCAAAAGAGAAAAAGAAACAGUUGAAGAAGGAAGGCAAGUCAACCAACAUAGAAGAGGAUGACCCAGAAGUAUUCAAACAAGCUGUUUACAAACAGACCAUGAAACUCUUUGCGGAACUGGAAAUUAAAAGGAAAGAGAGAGAGGCAAAAGAAAUGCAUGAAAGGAAGCGGCAGCGAGAAGAAGAAAUUGAGGCUCAAGAGAAAGCCAAGCGUGAGCGAGAGUGGCAAAAGAACUUUGAGGAGAGUCGAGAUGGACGUGUAGACAGCUGGAGGAACUUCCAGGCAAAUACAAAAGGCAAGAAAGAGAAGAAAAACAGGACCUUUUUGAGGCCCCCCAAAGUGAAGAUGGAGCAGCGUGAAUGAGUCUGGCUCUUCCAGGCUCCAAAGGACUCUCCUGUACCACCACGUUUAACCCCUUCUUGCUUUCCAGUAGGAUCUUUUGUUUUCAGUAUGAUUGAGUUUGGUCAAAGUAUCUUCUGUACUCUGCCCGUUUUUUGCCUGAGGUUCAUGGUGUGAUGUCCAGGGUCAAAUCUGCUGCUCUUAGAACACUUGGCUUACGUAGGAAAACCCCGCCAUAACUGCUGUCGCAUUUACCUGUAGUUCUGUAAUUUAAAUGUUCUGUAUUCCAAGGAUAUUGCUGUUCAAGUCGCCAUCAGGCCUGAUCUGUAGACGUGUCCAACUAAGGCAGGUGCUGAGAAUGGUGUCUGGUGGACUCCCCUGCUCAUUAGACCGGUUGUCAGGUUUUCAUCGGCAUCGGUUUCCAGUUGUCAAUAGAGCGGAUUGAAGCCUGGAAUGGAGAUGUUUAGUUGGACUCUGCAAAGUUACCAACUCAGUUGCAUGGAGCUGAAAUGGUCCCCUGGUUUGGAUUCCCGGCUGGCAACUCCUUAGUUCCAGGAUCGCUGGUGGGUGACUAGCCAAUUAAAAUACCAGACCGCUCUGUAAAUAAACAUUAUCUCAUUGAAUAUUCAGUUAGUGGCAAUGUUCUGUAUGUAAAAUAAAUUUUUACCCAAAAA